GCGCGCAGGCAUGGCCAGCCAGCAGCAGUCCGUUCCGUGCAUCUCGCGGUCGCCACCCGAGCAGCCGCUUCAGGUGAAGGUGGUGGGGCUUUUCAAGAGUUCCAGCUUUCAGAUCGCUAAGAGCGCCGCUGAGAGUCUGAAGAGUAAUUAUCCAUCCAAUUUUGAAGAUCCAAUAAUAAUUCCUGUUCAAGAAUUUGCAUGGCAUCAAUAUCUACAAGAGAAAAAAAGGGAACUUAAGAAUGAAGUCUGGGAAUAUUCUUCCUAUGUGAUGUGUUUUAUUAAUGAUAAGCUCCUGGGUGAUGCACUUGAUCUACAGAAAUGGGCCCACAAAGUGUGGGAUAUAGUUGAUUUUAAGCCUCCUGCACUUUACGAAGCACUUACUGUGGAUUAUUCUGCCAAAUUCUUAAGAGACACCAAGCAUAAUUUUGUGUUCUUGGACAUUUCUAUUGAUCUUUAUCCAAUUGGAAGAUUGAUUUUUGAGCUAUAUUCUGAUACAUGUCCCAAAACAUGUAAAAAUUUUCAGAUCUUGUGCACAGGAAAAGCAGGGUUUUCUCAAAGUGGCAUCAAGCUACAUUACACAGGUUCCAUUUUCCAUCGAGUGGUAAGGAAUGGCUGGGUACAAGGAGGAGAUAUAGUUGCUGGAAAAGGAGAUAAUGGAGAGUCAAUUUAUGGACCAACAUUUGAAGAUCCUGUUGUGAAUGUUAGAAGCUAAAUAUCAACUCUUCCCCUGCUUUGUAUUCCUUGUAUAAUAUCCCUAAUCCUUCCCACUCUCAAAGGAUUGGUGACUCCAUGGCUUGGGCUGACUAGAGAAAAGGCUAUUUAUGUGAACAGCAGAAGAAAAGAAAGGAUAUAUGUAUUUUUAAAUAAUUUUAUUCAUUUUGGCUGUGCUGGGUUCUUGAUGCUUUGCGAGGGCUUUCUCUAGCUGUGGUGGACAGGGGCUACUCUUCAUUGCGGUGAGCAGGCUCUCACUGCAGUGGCUCCUCUUGUUGCAGAGCAUGGGCUCUAAGCAUGCAGUCUUCAGCAGUUGCUGCGUGCGAUUCGGGAGUUGUAGUUCAUGGGCUCCAGAGCACAGGCUCAGUAGCUGUGUUGCACGGGCCUAGCUUCUCCGCAGCAUGUGGACUCUUCCAGGACCAGGGACUGAAUCCAUGACCCCUGCAUUGGCAGGUGGGCUCUUAACCACUGCACCACUAGGGAAGUCAGUAAUGUAUUUAAAUACUGGAUUAUCCUUAUUUAAGUAGACCAGUUUCUUAAUAUUAGCAUGUGCUCUAAUUAACAAACAGAUACAGCACUUAAAAUCCAUUUGUCUAAUUCCUAGAUCUCCUUUAAAUGAAAGUAGACAUUAACAAUUAAUUAACAAACAGAUACAGCACUUAAAAUCCAUUUGUCUAAUUCCUAGAUCUCCUUUAAAUGAAAGUAGACAUUAACAAUUGGACAAGGAAAUGGCAACCCACUCCAGUGUCUUGCCUGGAGAAUCCCAGGGACAGAGGAGCCUGGUGGGCUGCCAUCUAUGGGGUUGCACAGAGUUGGAUAUGACUGACGCGACUUAGCAGCAGCAGCAGCAGCAGCAGCAGACAUUAACAAAAAGCAGAGUGCCUGAUGCACUGUUAAUAUUCAAUAAUGCAACUUAAAGUUGUACAAAAGUAUUUUUUGGUAGAAUUAAGAACUGAAGAAUAUGGCUGGGUAGCCACUUAAGGGCUACUUUUUUUUAAAUCUGAGAUUUAUAUAUAUAAAUUUCAUAUGUACAGUUUAAAACUAAUUAUAAAGCAACCCCUUAUAUUACUAUCCUUGUCAAGAAAGAACCACCAGCAUGCCAGAAGCAUCUCAUCUGCCCAUCCUCAAUAAUAACUCCAUCUCCCUCUUAGAGGUAGCCUCUAACCUAACUUUUCCCUUUCUUUUCUUGUUCGUUUUACCACUCAUGCAUGCGUGCAUGCUAAGUCGCUUCAGUCGUGUCCAACUGUUUGCAACCCCAUGGACUGUAGCCUGCCAGGCUCCUUGGUCCAUGGGAUUCUCCAAUCAUUCAUGCAUAAAUCCCUAAAUUAAAAAAAUUAAGUUUUUCCUAUUUUUGGACUUUAUAUGACGUGGACUUGGGCUUCCCUUGUGGCUCAGACAGCAAAGAAUUGGGCUGCAAUGCAGGAGACCCAGGUUCAAUCCCUGGGUGCGGGGUCGGGGGGCGCAGAGGGGUAAGAUCCCCUAGAGAAGGGAAUGGCUACGCACUCCAGGAUUCUUGCCUGGAGAAUUCCAUGGACAGAGGAGCCCAAGGGCUACAGUCCAUGGGGUCACAAAGAGUUAGACAUGA